CCAACCUCUCCUGUCUUCUCUGCCCAGGUCAACAGGAACUGCCCUGUAGAGGUCCAUCUACGUUCAGACCCAGAUGAUGCCAGAGCUAUGACCGGGCCUGCAGGCGUGGCGCCGAGGGGAAAUCAGCCAUGGAGCAGCCACCGGAGGAAGCCCCUGAGGUCCGGGAAGAGGAGGAGAAAGAGGAAGUGGCAGAGGCAGAAGGAGCCCCGGAACUUAAUGGGGGACCAGAACACCCACUUCCUUCCAGCAGCUAUACAGACCUCUCCCGGAGCUCUUCACCACCCUCACUGCUGGACCAGCUGCAGAUGGGCUGCGAUGGGGCCUCGGGUGGCAGCCUCAACAUGGAAUGCCGUGUAUGUGGGGACCAGGCAUCAGGCUUCCACUAUGGUGUUCACGCGUGUGAGGGGUGCAAGGGCUUCUUUCGCCGGACAAUCCGCAUGAAGCUAGAGUAUGAGAAGUGUGAGCGGAGCUGCAAGAUCCAAAAGAAGAAUCGAAACAAGUGCCAGUACUGCCGCUUCCAGAAAUGCCUGGCACUGGGCAUGUCACAUAAUGCCAUCCGCUUUGGUCGGAUGCCAGAGGCUGAGAAGAGGAAGCUGGUGGCAGGGCUGACAGCAAAUGAGGGGAGUCAGCACAACCCACAGGUGGCUGACCUGAAGGCCUUCUCCAAGCACAUCUACAAUGCCUACCUGAAAAACUUCAACAUGACCAAAAAGAAGGCCCGAGGCAUCCUCACUGGGAAGGCCAGCCACACGGCGCCCUUUGUGAUCCACGACAUCGAGACAUUGUGGCAGGCAGAGAAGGGCCUGGUAUGGAAGCAACUGGUGAAUGGCCUGCCACCCUACAAGGAGAUCAGCAUACACGUCUUCUACCGCUGCCAGUGCACCACAGUAGAGACCGUGCGUGAGCUCACCGAGUUUGCCAAGAGCAUCCCCAACUUCAGCAACCUCUUCCUCAAUGACCAGGUGACCCUUCUCAAAUACGGUGUGCAUGAGGCCAUCUUCGCCAUGCUCGCCUCCAUCGUCAACAAGGAUGGGCUGCUGGUGGCUAACGGCACUGGUUUUGUCACCCGUGAAUUUUUGCGCAGCCUCCGCAAGCCUUUCAGUGACAUCAUUGAGCCCAAGUUUGAGUUUGCUGUCAAGUUCAAUGCCCUAGAACUUGAUGACAGUGACCUGGCUCUCUUCAUCGCAGCCAUCAUCCUGUGUGGAGACCGGCCAGGGCUCAUAAAUGUGCCACAGGUGGAGGCCAUCCAGGACACUAUCCUUCGAGCCCUUGAGUUCCACCUGCAGGCCAACCACCCUGACGCCCAGUACCUCUUCCCCAAGCUACUGCAGAAGAUGGCUGACCUGCGGCAGCUGGUCACUGAGCAUGCCCAGAUGAUGCAGCGGAUCAAAAAGACAGAGACAGAGACAUCACUGCACCCCCUGCUCCAGGAGAUCUAUAAGGACAUGUAUUGAGAAAUACACCCAGGGCCUUCCCGCUAGCCUCCAGAGGAGUCGAGAACAUGGGGCCAGGCAGACAGCACUGGGACAGGAUCUGUCGCUUUUGGUUGACCAGCUCUGAAGUACUCGGCUUGGCAUUAGAGCGUGGCAUCACACAUGCUUGUGCUUGGACACAGCCUCUUGCUCCCAGCGUUCUCUUCCUCUCUGUUGUCCCCCCUUCCUUGCGCUGUCAUCUCCCUCUCUGAGUUCCUCUUUCUUUAUUCUUUCUCUUGUCUGUAGGUUUCCUUCUCCCUUUGUCUCUCAUUCUUUCUCUCUCUCUUUCCCCCACUGCCAUGUCUAUCCCCUUUAAACUCUCUGUGAGAGUUUGUAUUCUUUCACCAGCAGCAUAGAAUAGGACCUCUGCUUUUGCCUUCCCCACCCCCACCCCACACUGUCUCCAGAGCAGGAGGGAGGGAGUGGGGCAUCACUUGUGCUCCUGCCUUCACCACAAAGGACUUGAGCCAUCCAAAGAAACACUAAGUGUUCUGGGCACAGCUUCCCAGGGAAGUCAAGCAUGGCCUGGGCUGGCUGCAGCUGUGGCCCCUGGUCACUGGACCACUGCCCCAAGGACCAGGAUGCCUUCCCAAGAUGGUCACCAUCCUCCCAAAGCUGUGGCUGGUAACCCUGACCCAGCCAACCCCACCCAGCAACACACCCCAACAUCCAUUCAUUCUUUUCAUCUGUCUUCCAGGUCAGUGUCACAGUUGGCCCUCUGUGCUGGCUGCUGAGUGACACUACCCAGCCCAAAAAGAGCUGGGGUUCCCUCCAGAUGGCGACUCUUAUGCCCCUACUAAAGAGGAACAAAGCCUUAGAGAUCUGGAGGUUGGUGGGGAACCCAGUGAGCAGCGUACUUAAUUCUGACCCCUCACCACAGGAUUGGCCCUGAAUCAGUAUACCACAGUCUCCCACCAUUGGAAUAGCCACCGUAUCCUGCCUGACUUCUGUCAUCACCACAACUCCAUCCUUCCAGCCAGUCCCAGGGCUCAGCCUCAGAUGUAGUAUUUCUUUCUCCAGCCAGGAGAGGCUGGUACUAACUUGCACUCAGCUGUAACUCACACACUCCCUGGAGCUUUCCCUCCAGCACAUACCACAAGCACUGAAAUCACUUUACCUGCAGGUUCCACAUAGCCACCCUCCUCUCUCUAAGUCAGGGAGGCAGAUGAGCUCCUAGAAGGACCUGUAGGUGGAUGGGCAGAGCUAUGCCCCUGUGCCCAGGGCCAGGUAAUGGGCACAGAAUGUCCUGUUAAGUCAGCUCAACACCCGUACCCAGGGAGAGAUGCCAGGGACAAACUGACUCUGCUCAUUGUGACAUUCACUUGUUCCAACAGCUUAGCAGAUUUCCUCAUCCCCCCAUAUUCAGCUCAGCUAACCCCUCACAUGUGCUCGCACACACACACACACACACACACACACACACACACACACACUCCCUCUCCCCCCAGGAAUUCUCAAAACAUGUCCUCUGUGACUGUGACCUUGCCAGGCCCAGCCCCACUCUGCUGGUCCCUCCCCUGCCUCCGCUUGCUUCCUGGUGAAGCUCAUUCACCCCAGAGCUGGGAGUGUGCUUACUGAACAGGACAGGAAGUCCACUCAAGCUACCUCUCCAGUAAGUCUGGAGUGGCAAGAGUCUCAGAAAGGUGGUGGAAGCCCUGGGCUCAGAGCCCAGGCUUCCUGGGUCCUGUCUGGUGCUCCUUCUUGAGGGGCCUUUCCGCCUAACUACAGCUCUGGAAAGAGACUCCUGGAGAGCCUAGUAUCUGCCCCUGCCAGUGAUGUAGCCUUUCACACCCCAGGAUCAUGCUCCACUGGCAAGAUUCUUCCCUCUCCCUACCCACCUGGACUGACCAGAGGUUUGGGUGAGGGGUGCUCCCUUUGGCCCUUGCUGUGAAGGGAGAUACUGUGCCUGACCCACACACACAUCAUGUGCUCCAACCCUUCCCCCUCCAGGUCUGGUGCUGAGGAAUCAGCUCUUACUGUCUGAACAAUCUCCAAAACUGAAAUGUAUAUUUUUGCUAGGAGUCCCAGCUUCCUGUGUUUUUAAUAUAAAUAGUGUACACAGACUGACAGAACUUUAAAUAAAUGGGAAUUAAAUAUUUAAGAAUUGAUUUAAGCUGA